AUGACCCACCACUCGCCUGGAGUCCUACAUCACCUCUACUACACCAGCCUCCUACAGGGCGAGAAACCACACCCCCAAAAGGCCUUGAGGGCCUGCGGCGGGACCAGACAGAGCGAGGAACGCGGGUGGGGGUUAGGUCCAAACUCCAGCAGCAGCGGACCGGCAGCCGGGCUUGAGAGAAGCGUGGCUCGGCGGUACGUUUGCGUGCUGGCUCUGGCCGCUGUGCUGCUGCUAGGUAUCGCCGCCGUCUCCAGAUCAAACGGCGUGCGGGGCAACGAACGUCAGAGGGCAUCGCCAAUCCCUUCUCAGUUCAGCCAAGAGGAGCGCGUCGCGAUGAAGGAAGGGCUGAAAGGUGCUAUCCAGAUUCCAACAGUGUCUUUCAGCCCCAACAAGUUCAACACGACCGCGCUGGCUGAGUUUGGAGAACACCUUCGUAAAGUCUUUCCUACAGUUUUCAAAACCAGCUUUAUCCGGCAUGAGGUCGUGGGAGAGUACAGCCACCUGUUCACUGUCCACAGCUCAGAUGCCAGCUUGCAGCCCUACCUGCUGCUGGCCCACACCGACGUGGUGCCUGCCGCUGGGGAAGGCUGGGAUGUGCCCCUGUUCUCUGGGUUGGAGCGUGAUGGCUUUAUGUAUGGUUGAGGCGCACUGGACAACAAGAACUCUGUGAUGGCAAUCCUGCAGGCCUUGGAGCUCCUGCUGAUCAGAAACUACAUCCCCCGAAGAUCUUUCUUCAUUGUUCUGGGCCGUGAUGAAGAGGUAUCAGGGGCCAAAGGGGCUCAGAAGAUCUCAGCCCUGCUACAGGCAAGGGGCGUCCAGCUGGCCUUCAUCGUGGAUGAGAGUAGCUUCAUCGUAGAUGGUUUCAUUCCCAACCUCAAGAAGCCAUUUGCCAUGGUUGCCAUCUCAGAGAAGGGUGCAAUUAACCUCAUGCUGCAAGUAAACAUGACUCCAGGCCACUCUUCAGCUCCUCCAAAGGAGACGAGCAUUGGUAUCCUCGUAGCCGCUGUCAGCCGACUAGAGCAGAGACCAAUGCCAAACAUUGGAAGCGGGCCAUUGAAGAUGACAUUGCAGCAACUGGCAAAUGAGUUUCCCUUCCCUAUCAAUAUAGUCCUGAGCAACCUGUGGCUAUUUCAGCCCCUUGUAAGCAGGUUAAUGGAGAGGAAUUACAUAACCAAUGCGCUGGUCAGGACCACCACAGCACUCACCAUGUUCAAUGCAGGGGUCAAGGUGAAUGUCAUCCCCUCAGUGGCCCAGGCUGUAUUCAACUUCCAGAUUCACCCGGCACAGAUAGUCCAGGAGGUCCUAGAAUGCGUCAAGAACAUUGUGGCUGAUGACAGGGUCCAGUUCCACGUGCUGAGUGCCUUUGACCCCUUGCCUGUCAGCCCCUCUGAUGAUCAGGCCUUCGGCUACCAGCUGCUCCGCCACACCAUACAGUCCGCCUUCCCAGAAGUCCAUAUUGUUGCCCCAGGUAUUUGCAUUGGCAAUACAGACAGCAGACACUAUACAAAUCUUACAACUGGCAUCUACCAGUUCAACCCCCUCUACCUGCAGCCUCAGGACUUCCAUAGCAUCCACGGAAUCAACGAGAAAAUCUCAGUCCAAGCCUAUGAGACCCAGGUGAAAUUCAUCUUUGAGUUUAUCCAGAAUGCUGAGGCAGACUGGGGGCCGGUUCCUCACCUGCACAAACUGUGUGGUGGAGAAGCCAGCCGGAUUGGGGUACCUGACGCUGGGCCAGGACCAACCAACGGGAAAGCCAAUGUCGAUGAAACUUUUGGUCAAAACCACAUCGUAAUACAUCACCCACCUGCCUUGCUCGCUCCUGAACUCACCCAAGAACAAGGCCAGGGAGUAGGGGAGGGCCAGAGGAAUCUCCAUCCCUUGACUGACCGGCAUUUACUGCCUUCUUGUCCCUGUCUUAAAGGUAUCUGGCUUGUCUGUCUUACGCUGGUUAUUUAACUGCCCCUUGUUAAAAUCUGACUUAACAAAUGCACAUGUGAAAAAUCUCAACCAGGUUUGACCUUCUAGAGGUGUUUAAUUUAGGGCACUCUUGCCAGGCUGCCCUCUCCAUGGCUUAUAUAUUUCUUCUUGCUGUAACUUCCUUUCCCUUUUUUUCUCCUCUCUUCUUGGAUCAUUUAACUGGCUCUUCAUCUCUCCUCUCCUGCCCCUGCAUCCCUCCCUCUAUCCUCCAGUUUAUUCUACAUCUGGAGCAGGACUUAGGCAAACUGUGAUACUACUGUAAUUACCACAACACUUGGCCAAAUAAUCUGUGCAGCAUCAGCUGGUCACUGAGGGGUGAAACUGAGGCAGGGCACUUUGGGGGAAUCCCAAACCUCAGUUCUGGAGGCUGGAGCCUUGAGAAGAAAGCCUCUGUCCUUGGGCUCCUCCCACGGGCUCCUUGGGCUUUGCUCCCUCCCCUGCCCUGUUCCUGCCACUUGCUGCUGCUGUCCCACCCAGGAGGCACUAAUCUGGUGAAACAUUUCCCUGGCACAUCCUGUGGGCCGAGCUCCCAAGGGAAGGGCUCUCAUGAUCCCGCCUCUCGGUGGAGCCCAGGACCGACAGGGCCCUGACCCUGGCACUGUGACCUGGUUCAGACCUAUUAAAGGGAAUUGGAGGGCACAGGGCUGGGGAGGAGGGGAGGAGGAGACUGGCUUGAGGGGCUCUGCCCUGGCUUAGUGAGGCAUGAGGAGGGGCAAGCUGCCCUUAGGGGACAGCAAAACUCCCGUCUUUUUUCUCUGGAAUCCAACCCUGAGCAUAUUUGGAUCUGCUUAGUAGCUGCCAGGUGGGGGGCAUUGGAAGGCAGCAUUUCUUGGCUCAAGGCUGGGAGCUGUACUUUGUGCGUCACAAGGGAGUUGGGGCCUUGGAGGGAGGCACAGAGGGACCAGGGCCCUGGGAGACUCUCUCUUUUUUUCCCAUCAGACAAGGACCUUCCAUGCCUUCCUGGGGUUUGAUAGCAGUGGGCUUCUUUUCCUUCCUCACAUCCCACCCCCCGACUCCCAGUGGACAGGAGCUAUUCCUUGGAGCUCGGGCUUAACAAAGUGUUAGAAACACAGUGCAGGGAUUAUUCGGGCUUUUUUGCUACUCCCUCUAAGAUUCACGUUCCUUCCCUCGCCCUCCCUUUUUUGGCCAAUUCAGUACUUAUUCAGCCUUUGUUAGGGGGUGAGCUGAAAAACAAAAUAAUCUUCACAUUUGUACAGAGCUGUGCAAAGUGCUUUCAUCCACCGUAUCUCAUUAUAGCCCCUCAAGAGCCCCAUGAAGAAAGUACUGUUUCCCCUUCUUACAGAGGAGGACUUGGUUCUCAGAGAAGUUACAUAUCUAGCUAAGGGCAGAUUCAAACCCAUGUCACCUGGCCCCAAACUCAGUUACUCCAUGAUCCUAAGUCACUGAUGGAAUCCAUUUCCCAUCUAUCUUAUUUAAUCCUGACAACAACUCUAAGGUGUUGUUGCCCCUGUUUUACAGAUGAGGCAACUGAGACUCAGAGGUUAAGUGUUGUCCAAGGUCAUGCAGGUGUUAGGGGCAGAGUCUAUCUGAAUCCAAAGUAUGUGCUAACAGUAGUGAAGAGGAAACAGACUCGGAGACCUCAUCUGCCCAAGAUCACACAGUUCUUAAGAGGCAGCCCCAGAUUCAAAUGCCCAUCAAAAAUCCCUCAGUCCAGGGCUUUUUCAAUUGCCCCACACUGCCUGUCCCAAGAACCUGUGGUGUGUGGCUCAUUCAUUCGGAUCCAGGGAGAUCUCAAGGACAAAGACUGUUCCACUGUUGGAUUUGGUUCUUAGCUCAAGCUCUCUGUGUUCCCCUGGCUGACCUCUCCCUAUUCACACCUCUCCCUCUGUCUGCUAACAUUCCUUACCACCCCCACCCCCAGCCUCUGGGUUCAGCUCUUCUCCCUUCUCUGAGUUUGUGGAUAGCCUAGUCUCUAAUGAUCUGUGGGAUGACGGAGAAGAAUGAGCAGGGGACCCUGUCCCCAUCUGGUCUCACCCCUCUCUUCUGGCAUCAGAAAGGAUAGUCUUCUGAGCCCCUGGAGUGGGAAAGAAGGCCCAUGAAGGAACUGCUCCAAACCCUGGCCCUGAGAACAGAGACAUUCCAGGCCCCUGCAGGCUCCUGGAGAGAGAGAGCAGCUGAAAGUGCUGGCCCAGCCAGGACAGCCUGAGCCCUAAGACUCUGGGCAGGAUGGGGAAUGAAUCUGGGACUUUCGUCCACCCCUAUGCCCAUCCAUCUACCACUCCCCAAAUUCACCUUGAAAGAGCUCCAGCAAAUAAUCACAAGUAUACCCUACAUCCCUAUCAAGGACUUAGCUCAAGCUUCUUCCUCACACCUCACUCACUAAGGUUGGAAGGAGGACAAAAUAUUCUAAGCAAAGAGAAUGGGAAAGGAAAGGAGUAAAGUUUGGCUGGAGUCCCUUGGGUUUUAUUUUUUUGGUGGGGAAGAUUAGCCCUCAGCUAACAUCUGUUGCCAAUCCUCCUCUUUUUGCUGAGGAAGAUUGGCCCUGGGCUAACAUUCGUGCCCAUCUUCCUCUACUUUAUAUGUGGGAUGUCUGCCACAGCAUGGCUUGAUGAGCAGUACGUAGGUCCGUGCUCAGGAUCCGAACCUGCAAACCCUGGGCCACCGAAGUGGAAAGUGUAAACUUACCCACUACACCACCAGGCCGGCCCCUGGAGUCCCUUGGUUUUGAACCUGGGUUGCUAAAAACUUGGCCAUUCUAGAUCCAGUAUUCUUUUCCUCCAGAGGAGAUAAUAGAAAGAGACAAAGUUACUACCAAAGAGCUGAACACUUCAUUAAAAUUUUUGAAUUUAAAUCUCAUUAAAUAUUUUUAUAAAAAUGAAACUAUUUGCAAUUUUAUUGUUCAAUGUCUAUGUAGCUGACAAUAAAAAGGAUAAGUAUC